AUGCGACUGUGUCCGGCCACCUGUUGCUGUCUGUCUAGGGGCCACCCUCCCCAUACUCCAUCCCGGCCACAAGGCUCAGCGCAGCGGCUGAGGGGCGCCCUGGGCCUGCGGCCGGGCUCUGGCCAUCUCCAUGGCGACCAGAGGCUGGGAGGAGCUGGAUGGAGGCCUGGGCAGCUGCCAGGCUGGCGAGGACCUCUCCGCACUGGCUGAGCCACAGGACGACAAGGCUCCAGUGACGCCCAGGCUGGCCGACCCGAGCAGCUGGCCCCACGGCACUCAGGAACCCAUGGCUGAAGGCAGCGGCGGUGCAGAUACCAGGCCCAAGAAGAUAGAAAAGGAGCCUGCGGCCAGGGGGGCCCCAGGAUCUGGGAAGGAAAGGCUGAAACCUGGAGCAACCCCUCGAAGCGCCCCUGCGCGCAAGAAGGCGCAGGCCGCGCCGCCCCCGCAGCCGCCGCCGCCACCCCCAGCCCUGAGCGAGGAGCUGCCCUGGGGAGACGUGACGCUCAACAAGUGCCUGGUGCUCGCCUUGCUGGUGGCGCUGCUGGGCUCGGCUUUCCAGCGGUGCCGCGACGCUGUGGUUGGAGAGGUGGCCACCCCCGCACCUGCCCGGGAGCUGUGGGUCCCUCCAAGCUCAGCCCCAAAAGAGCCAGAGUCACCCCCGCCUAAGCCCACGGCCUGGGCACCCCCACCCGGGCCGCCUGCACCCCCACCCGGGCCGCCUGAGCCCCAGGAGAAGCCAGGGGACAAGGCCAAGAUUCCCGGGAGUCGGGAGGCUGCAGAGAAGGACGAAAGGGAACCCAGGGAGGCACCCGGGGAGGACCGCGAACCCCUCGCAGACCCAGGGCCCAAGGAGAGGCUGAGGAAGGCGGAGAGGCCGAGAAGGGCGGAAAGGCCGAGAAGGGCGGAGAGAAAGGAGAAGGCGGAGAGGCCGCAGAAGGAGGAGAGGCCGAGGAAGGAGAGACCGCGGGCAGCCAGGGAGCCCCGAGAAGCCGCGCCCCGGCGCUGGGAGGCUCGCGAAGGGGGCCGUCGGCCGUGGGCGCGGGACUUCAGGGAGGCGGAGGACAGAAAGAGGCAGGCCUGGGCCUCCCCGCGGCGCCCCCAGGAGCAGGACCGGCCCCCGGGUCGCCACAAGCACCGCGCAGGCAAGGGGCGGGACUGAGCCGGCCUGGGUCCUGCGCAUGAGUUCCGGGACGCCUUCUCGACGUCCCGCGGUGUCCCACGGCUCCAGCGAAAUAAAAGCGAGUGCCGCGGUC